AUUGCCACUGGUCCUUUGUGUCCGGCUUCCAUCCACCGCCCCCCCCCCCCCAUUUCUACACCGCCCGUGACCAAGCCAUUAGGUUGCCAGGCGGCACCUCCCUCCUGAAUUUUAUCUCAGACGCGGCUGUUUCCGGCCCGUCACUUCUGAGGGACUGCGGCUUUGUCCCCGCUCAGACCUUCUGCAGGAGGGUCUCACCGAGCAAUGGCUGGUGCCGGCCGCCCCCAGGAACGUUCUUGAGCCUGUGCUGCUGCCAAGGCCCAGAGACUGCGGCUGGGUGCCAGCCCGCCCCAGAAAAAGUUCAUGCAGCGUUUCAGGGAUUCUGCAAAAUCACAACUCACAUCUGGCGCCAGGCUUCACCCCCAAUGGCCUUGUCCCAGCACCACCGAAUGUGGUUGUUCUCCUGGGUCCACUGGCCCCUUUGCCUUUGGGGAACCGACACAGCCUCUACCAGGUGUCCUCCCAGCAGGGGAACCGCCUCUCCCCGUGUGGCCCAAGGACCACCUGGACUUCACUCUGCUCCUGGGGAUUUGCCUUUCCCACCAGAGCACCAACAGGUCAAAACAUAUUGAUAAAGCAAGACUUCCUGCUGAUCUCACUUCAUCAACUCCAGCCCUCUGCUCUGGAGGUUCUGAGUCCCGUGCCCGGGAACCCAACGGGAACCGGAGGAGAAAGACGAGCUCGCCCCGCCUCCCGGGAAGAUGCAGAGCCUCAGGCCUGAGCAGAUUCGGGGGCUGCUGGAGCCCGAGAGGGCCAAGACGCUGCUGCCUCGGGAGAGCAGGGCCUGGGAGAAGCGCGCCACCCCCACCAAAGACUGGGUGGCUGUGGAGGUCGGGGCCACCGGCUGUGACGGUGACGAGAAAGGUCUGUCCUCUCAAGAGACCGGGCUGGCCCAGGAGUGGACCUCGGCGGACGUAGAUGAUGGGUCAGAGGACUCGCAGGGCUUUGUGGAGUGGUCAAAAGCUCCACAACAAACGACCAUAGUCUUGGUAGUGUGUGUCCUGUUUUUGUUCCUGGUUUUAACAGGGAUGCCUAUGAUGUUUCACAUUUAACUAUAAUGGUGGCUAUUGUUUUGAAAUAAAUGGCCUGCUUCUUGUUAAGGAAAUAGUUAAAAAUCAGGAAUAGUAUUGAUUAUUAGCAAAUGCCUUUUAAACAUCCAUCAAGAUGAUUUUUUUUUGUAUUUAACCUUUUGUUAAAUAGGUUUUACAUUAUUUCAUUGAACUUAAGACAUCACUGAUUGUAAAACACAUAUUGCUUUAUAUACCACUGAGAAAGAAAAAACAUGCUUCUUAAUUGUAAGAUGCUACCAACUGGAAGAUGUAUCCGGACUUCAGAGAUGAUGAAAAAAUGUGCAAUUUAGGACUGAUGAAAUCUGGUAGAUUUCUUAAUAUCAAAUCCUCUUUGUAUUCUUAGGGUUGUGGUACACUAGUCUUUUCAGAUACUGAAUCUAUUUCUUGAUAUUUUAUGUAUAAUUCUUCACUCUAUCUUCACAUGUAAGAUUGGUGCUAUCUUUGUCAAGUUUUGGUAACAUGGCUAGGCUUGCAUCAUUGAAGGACAUAACCUUUAUUGUCUUCUAAGCUUUAGAAUAGUUUCUGUAGCUUAAGUAUCACUUCCUUGACAUUUUGAAGAAAUUCACCAGUAAGGCAAUCAGGGCCUAGAGGUAUGGAAAGGAAAUUUCAGCUGAAUUCUUGGGCGGCUUUCUCAGUUUCUUCUCAUGUUACCAGUUUAUUAUAUUCCAUUAAUUUUGAUGAUUUAUAGUGUUUUUUAUGCUUAGAAAAUUCUCCAUUUCAUUGAACUUUUCAGAUUAUGAAUACCAUUCUAUAAUUAAAUGAAAAUCUUCUCUUUA